AUGAACGGUCGUAGCUGAAUACAUGUACACGACUUUAUAGCACUUCAACACAAAUUGGAUAGUAGUUUAAAUUGAUCGACAAUGGGUAUUGUCCAACUUGAGACAAGCAUUUCGUGAAUUGCCUAACAAGUUUCGCCCUUAGACCUACUCAGCGAACACUUGAAUCUGAAGUAGUGUGAUAUUGAUGCACGUCACAGACCAAGACUACGUCUGUAAUGGACAACACAAUGCAUAUCGAGACGUAGUUUAUCCAUGUGUAACAAGAUGGGGACUGAUUGGACAUUGAUUGUAACCAGCAUUGUUGUACUGUGUGAGCUGAUCCGAAUAUCCCGUGGUACUGAAGCAUGUGGAGGCAGGUACACCAGCACAUCUGGUUCUUUCACCUCCCCAAACUACCCCAGCAACUACACAGACAACAUCACCUGCACAUACACUGUUGACGUCGGUUCUGCACUGGUCAUACUGUCCUUCCAAGACUUCAGCACAGAGAGUGGACAUGAUUAUGUGAAGGUGUACAAUGGCAGCGAGGUCCUCAUGGCAUCACUGUCCGGUGCCAACGUUGGUCACGUCCUCCAGCCUGCGACAUCCCUACGUGUGGUGUUCACGACUGAUGUAUCCGGAAGCGGCAGAGGAUUCAAAGCUGUAUGGGAUCAAGUAGCCGAUGCCGCUUCAGUAACUGGCCUCCCACCCGUCAUACACAUGAAAGAGUAUUCCAGUCUCAUGAUAGACUGUAGUACCUACACUGUUAUUGGUAACUCUUCAACACCUGCCUACAAAUGGACAUACGGUGCGACAACUGUCAGUGCUGGGUCCGUGCUGAUGAGAAGACAUGUCCACAGGAGGCAGGGAGGCGACUACACAUGCCAUGUCACCAAUGCAUUGGGCUCGGUAUCUGCUGCAGUUAAUGUCGAUGUCCAAUAUGCACCUCUCAUAUCUGGUCUCCCGGCUGUGUACUCCAUCGCUGAAUACUCCAGUGUGAAGUUAGACUGCAGUGAUUACACGGUCGUAGGCAACCCUUCCUGGACCAUCUAUAGGUGGACGAGGAGAGGGUCCACCCUCACCACACAGUCUGUCUUUGAAAGAGGAAACAUUAGCAGGAGACAGGGAGGAGAGUACACGUGCAUUGCCAGCAACACAGUAGGAUCAGUGCGCAGCCACAUCGCCAUUGAUGUCCAGUAUGCUCCGUCAACAUCUGGCCCACAGUCCACAUACCCUGUCAAAGAAUCAUCCCGUAUGAGGAUAUGCUGUAGGCGAUAUAUCAGACAAGGUAACCCGUCGAUAACCACCUACACAUGGACCCAUGCCGGCUCCAUCGUCAGUACCAGAGACAGACUGAACAUGCCAAGCAUCAGAAGAAGUCAGGCAGGAGAAUACACAUGCACUGCCUCAAACGGUGUUGGGUCUGCGUCUGUGCUAGUCAGGGUGGAUGUACACUCCCCACCCUCAGCACCUACAGAUUUCCACGCGGUUUCGGUGACUGGUACAGCCGUGUCACUCCAGUGGAUCUCCAACUACAACGGAGGGGCAAACCAGACAUUCACUCUGCAGUACAAAUUAAACCGACACUCGUACUGGGCAACAUGGAGAGAUGGCAUACAAGAUCCGGGAAGGAAUAUCCAAGUCAGAGAAGACAUCCCUGGCCUGACAUCGACCAAAGGAUGCCAGUUCAAGUUGCUCGGCAGCAAUAUCUAUGGUGACGGGGAAUCAGUCAUACUAACUUCAACCACAUUCUCAUCUGGCACACCUGAAACAAUACUUGGCCUCGGAACAGCACUUGGAGCUUGUGUUAUUGUCAUCGCAAUUAUUGUCGUCAGAAGUUUCCAACGAAGACAAACAAAAGAUAAAGAGGAGCCAGGCAAUAUACAAAUGACUAUGCAGAUGUCAUGUUCACAGCAGCUAGUACAGGACGAGGAAACCCACAGAGAAGAAGCGAACGUCAAUGAACACAUCCACACAAAGACACAAGAGCAUUGCCAGAACUCUACAGUUAAAGAUUCGGAAAAUGGAAAUGAGAAACUUGACUUGAAACCGUCGCCAGCAACAGAGGAUUCAGACACAGACUGCAAUACAGCUGACCUCAACAAUGAUCCUGUGUAUGUUACCACCCUUUGACGAGACAGCGUUCUCAGCACCGACCACAACUACACAGUCACCACACAAAACAGGAAGGAGGUGUGGUCAUGUGUGAACAUGUGUUUACAAUCAGCAGAUUUCACUGGAGACACGAGGUGUUCAAGAAACCGUGGAGCCAAAGACUUACAUGCCAUUUGAUAGUGAUUCAUAAACACAUGCUCUGCCAUCGUAUCCCAAGGUGACAAUCACUGGAUGAUCUGAUCCAGACUCGCUUAUUUAUAGACCGCCGCUAUAAAGUUGGAUUAUUGCUGAGUGUGGCCUUAAGCAACAAACACACACACACACAGACACUAGAAUUGUAAGGUAAAUAUUUACACAUGUGUUUUUGUUCGUGCAUAUGAAACAUACAAAAUACGAUGACGUUUGAUACGGGUCACAUUUAGAACUCUGACUCCCCACUAUAAGUAGCUGUUUGACGCCUCUGAAUUUUCAACUCAGUUGCCAUGGUUGCUCUGUUGAACAUGUGUAUAGUUGUGUCAUCCAUUUUAGGAUACGCUUCAACAAACAUUGUUCGUCAAUACAAAGUAUGUUAAGUAUCAUGACUUUGAAAUAUCCUGAAAUAUCCAGCUCGAGAUUGGCAUGGUUGCCAUGGAUACAUGGAUGUUUCCCAAAUUUAGACCAACUUCUCAACCGUUAUCGGAGUUACAUUAUCAGUCCGAUACGGGAUAAUUUGAUGCUAUUUUAUUUGAUUACAAUACGCAUGACAUGUAAAUACUAGAGAGUAACGGAUUUAAUUUCAACGGUUCACCAUCAGUUGAAGAUACAACCAAAAAUCUGCUCCAUCUAUCCGAAGAUCUAAAUUAUAAAUUGUGAUGCUAUCCUUCUCAGAGGACAAACACUCAUCCAAUGCUCGUUUGUGAUUUUUUUGUGUUGAGCCAUGGUUAAUUUGAAAAAAGUUCGCCAUCUCAGCUCCCCACCCACCACGGAGUAUCACAAGGACAAUGCUAUAUAUACCAGUGAGUCUCCGACUGGCAGCACCGGGGAUACUGAUUGAUGGUAUACUCCAGCAGACGAAUAAUUGAAAUUAAUCAAUCCAACAGAUUGGCCCAUGAGCCACCACCUUCUGGGCAUAGGACUCUAGGCAUAUUUAACAUUUGUUGAAAUUUUAAACCAAUACACAUUCAGUGAAAUAAUUUUACCAAUACCCAAACCAGGAUCAUUUACAAAAAUCACAUUUGUGCAAUAUGAAAUACAAUGAACAGGGCAUGGCAUGACCAGCCGAUUGUUUGAACCGGGCCCAUUCAACCACUCGUCCAGGUGAAGUAAGGGGCGAAGUGGUGUGUUGGGCAAAGGAACACUGUGUC